GCUGCGUUCAUGAGAGCUGCAGGCGGGAUCCGGAGAGGGGCCUCCGAGGGAAGCCGGACAGGGCGAGCGAGCCGCUAUGGAAGAGCUCGCCCAGCGCCCCCCGUCGCCCGCCACCAGCCCUGUCCACCCGGAGGAAAUGGAUGAAACAACAACCCUGGUUUGUAAACCGAGAAACAAAGGAGGAACUAGCAACCUCUCAUCAGCUGCUUUUAAUGUCAUCAACUCUAUCAUAGGAUCUGGUAUGAUAGGCCUGCCCUAUUCUCUGAAGCAAGCUGGCUUUCCAUUGGGAAUAUUGCUGUUGUUGGCCGUUGCUUAUAUCACAGAUUAUUCUAUUAUCCUGUUGAUUAAAGGAGGGAACCUGUCUGGAACCAACAGCUACCAGGCUCUGGUCAAUAAAGCAUUUGGUUUUGUAGGGUACCUAAUUGUCUCGACUCUCCAGUUCUUAUACCCUUUCAUUGCCAUGAUUAGUUACAACAUUAUAACAGGAGACACUUUGACUAAAGUUUUCCAAAGAAUUCCUGGAGUCGAUCAAGACAAUUUGCUCAUUGGUCGCCAUGUCAUCAUUCUCUGUGUCACCAUCAUCUUCACCCUUCCUCUUUCCCUCUUUCGAAAUAUAUCAAAAUUGGGGAAGGUAUCGUUGGUUUCUCUGAUUUUAACUGUCCUCAUCCUGGCGUUUGGGAUUAUAAGGGCAGUUACAUUUAGUGCACAGGUAUCCCAAACAGAAAAUCCGUGGGUGUUUGCAAAGCCCAAUGCAGCCCAAGCCAUCGGGGUGAUGUCAUUUGCAUUCAUUUGUCACCACAAUAGUUUCUUAAUUUACGGCUCCCUGAAAGAACCCACGCUCAGCAACUGGGCUCGUGUCAUGCAUGUGUCCGUCUCCUUUGCUGUGUUUGUCAGCUUGUUGUUCGCUACGUGUGGGUAUGUGACCUUUAGAGAAUAUACAGAAGGAGACAUAUUUGAGAACUAUUGCCGAGAUGAUGACCUUGCCACAUUUGGGAGGUUUUGCUACGGAAUCACUGUCAUCCUAACGUUUCCAAUAGAAUGCUUUGUUACCAGAGAGGUCCUCGCAAACGUGUUUUUCGAUGGAAACCUUACAACCAUUUGCCACGUUGCUCUGACAGUCAUCGUCAUUGCUUUAGCGACAAGUGUAUCGUUAGUGUAUGAUUGCCUGGGAAUAGUUUUAGAGCUAAAUGGGGUGCUCAGUGCUACUCCUCUGGUCUUCAUCCUGCCUGCCGCCUGCUACCUGAGGUUCUCCGAGGAGCGAUGGACCCAUUCAGACAACCUUCUCUCUGCCCUGAUCCUUACCAUUGGGGUGCUAGUGAUGACAGUUGGCUUUGUUAUGACUGUCCUGCAUCCCCAGGAAUGUAGCCAUGGGCAAGAAAUGCCAUACUGCUUCCUUGGAAAUGCCUCGCUGUACAACCAAACAGUCCUGUCUUCUCCACAAACUCACCAACCCUAGGAGACAGUGUCUCCCAGACAACAGCAGUGCAAUUAUAAAC